CCUUCAGACUUUGAUUAAUUUACUGAUGCGAAAAGUUAAAUAAGAAGUCCAGAUGACUCGGAAGGGUAGAUCGAUUCAAUAGUAUAAAAAAGUGCUUCACUUCUCUGAAGUCAUUAUAUAUAUCAGCACUCACAUGCCCAUAAACUAUUUGAACGCUGGAUCCAUAGAAUUCUGAACGAGUGUCUGUGACUGUGAGGAGAAAGGGGUGAAAGUACGUACGCCAUGGGGAGGCCUCCUUGCUGUGAUAAAGUUGGCAUCAAGAAGGGUCCAUGGACCCCUGAGGAGGACAUCAUCCUAGUCUCUUACAUUCAAGAACAUGGUCCAGGAAAUUGGAGAUCAGUGCCUACCAAUACUGGGUUACUGAGGUGCAGCAAAAGUUGCAGGCUUAGAUGGACUAACUACCUCAGACCUGGAAUCAAAAGAGGGAACUUCACUCCCCAUGAAGAAGGGAUGAUAAUCCAUUUGCAGGCUUUUUUGGGUAACAAGUGGGCAGCCAUAGCUUCCUACCUCCCACAAAGAACAGAUAAUGAUAUAAAAAACUAUUGGAACACCCACCUGAAGAAGAAGCUGAAGAAAUUUCAAUCAGCCAUGGAACCCCACAUGGCAUCAGACUCAACCACCACUGAUCAUCAUGUUUCAACCAAAAGCUUUAAUGAGAGAAGAAGCUUAGAAGCCACCAACGACCCUUCCCCAUCUCUCAUCAGCCUAAACCAGUCCUCUACGUAUGCCUCAAGUACGGAGAACAUUUCUCGACUCCUAGAGGGUUGGAUGAGAUCACCAAAGACGAGUACUACUGCUACUCCCCUCGGAGAUCAGGCUCAAGACAAAAUGCUUCAAGAAAUUAACAGUGACAUUAAGGGCAAUGUAAUUGGCAACUCAACAGUGGUAACGACUAAUCUUCAAUGCCACCAAAUUAUUAGCAAAACCGGGCGGCAAGAAAGUGGUGGCGAUUUGGUCGUCUCUCAUGAAGAGUUUGAUUCGAUUUUAUCCAUUGAGAACAUGAACAAUGCUACAUGGGACAAGUCGACAUGCGAUUCUACGCCCGACAAAAGUUCUCAAACUUCUGCAUAUGAUGAUCAGAAGGUUAAUGUCACGCCGGAGAGGAAUAAACCGAGGUUUGAGAACAAUCCAGCUCCAUUAUCUUUUCUUGAGAAGUGGCUCUUGGAUGAAAGUAGUGCUGGUCAAGUCGAGGAGAUGAUGGAAUUAUCUCCAAUGUUCUAACAAGAUCAUGAUUCGUUUAGACUACUUGGAGACACCGUUACAAAUUUCUAUCUUUUCUAGGGUUUUUUGUUAUGCUACUUAACACACACCCCCCCCCCCCCCCCCCCCCCCCGGGCCAAAAAAAAAAAAAAAUAGAGAAAGGUUUGUUAAAGCUUUGUUUGGGGUCUGAGAAAUUGGGAUCUCUUUGCAAAAUGUAUGUAACUUAGAAUUUCUAAACGAAUAAUCUCUAGUGACACUACUAGUCUUCCACCUUAA